AUGGCGAACCUCAAGCGGAAGCGCUCCGGUGCACCACCACUCAGUAAUGGGAGCAAGAAAGUACGUCCGCCGAUAGUCGAGGACAUGCGAUCGGACGAGGACAUGCGAUCGGACGAGGACAGCGACCUUGAUGCAGGCAUGUUCACCGGGUUUGGGCAGGAAGACGGCGACGACGAUCUCAACGAGGGGUAUGGCGUACCUGAGUCGCUUGAAGAUACUGGCGAGGCUGGUGGUGUGGACGAGGAGGACGAGGAGGAGGGAGAUGAUGAAGAAGGCGAGGAAGGAGAGGGAGGCGAGGAAUGGCGCGCAAAGAAACCGCCGACUGGGGAGGAGCUCAGGCGGAUCAAAGACGCAAGAGAGCUUUAUCAUUCCGGCGCGUUCAAGUUGCAGAUCGACGAGCUACUCCCGCACGUUCGUCCAAAAGACUCGCGAAAGCUCCCUCUCGAGCGCUUUUUGCACGAACUUCAUACUGUGCUCAUGGCAUUGCCCAGCGUCGAGCCGAUGAACCCGGUCGAGGCUGGCGAGAAGCUCGCGCUGGGGCAGCUUGCUCAUGCGAACCAGGACGUGGAGAAGGCGAAGGAAAAGGGAAAGAAGAAGAAGGUGGGCAAGAAAGAGAAGGGGGAUAACGCUAGAACCGGGGUGGCUGUGAGCGUGCCGUGGACGCUCCCGGCACCGUCGCGCGAGGCGAAGUGGAAGGUCGCGUUCGAGCCCCCCAGCGAUGUGUUCCUUGCUGGGAGCUGGCCGACGGGGCUUAGUGUGGCGAGGAAAGGCAAGCCGGCGUACGGGGUGGAUGUGUGCGUGGAGAUGUCCGAGGAACUGUUCCAGGAGAAAGACUAUCUGGACGGGAGAUUCUUCCAUAAGAGAAACUACUACCUGUCAGUCAUUGCUUCACUCGUGCAAGACAAGCUAGGCGUCGAGGCAUGCUGGAGUGCACCGUUGGGCGACCCGCGCUUGACGAUCUUGGUGCUGAGGCCACAAAAAGGUAUUGUAAAACCAGAACUCGAUUUCUCCAAACUCAAUGCCGAAAUACGCAUCAUCCCCGUCCUUCCUUCGUCCGCCCCAAUACCCCUUCACCGCCUGGCGCCGUCGCAUGCCAACGUCCGCAUUCCCUCAUCCUCUUCUUCGCCUGAGACAUCGACACCACCCCCUACACCCCGGUACAACACCGCGAUCCUGCUCGCCGGACUCCCGAAACUGCACCUGUUGGCCACCCACCAAUUGAAGCAGGCUGCACCCGCGUUCGCAGACGCGUAUGCUCUCCUCCGUAUAUGGGCGAAUCAGCGCGGGUACACUGCGGCUGCCGGCGCAGAGACGGGUGGGCUGUGCGUGAGGGGAUUCGAGGGGAAGGGUGCGUGGUGGGCGUCGUUGUUAUUUAUGAUGGUGCUUGGCGAGGAGGCGGUCGAAGGGGGCGGGAAGAGGGGUAUGGGCAUGGGGAAGAGGGCGGCGCUCGGGAGGGGGCUGAGCUCGUAUCAGCUUUUCAGGGCGGCUUUGGAUUUCUUAGGCAAGGAGACUAGGACUUUCGCGAAGAGUGAGAAUGGGCAUAGGUUCCCACCGGAAGAGUACAGUGUUGGGGAGUCUGCCGUAUUUGUUGAUUCGUCGUCAAUGGUCAAUCUUUUGGCGGACGUGCCAAUAGGAUCAUUGGAGUUGCUUAGCCACGAUGCCAAAGUGACCCUCGACACGCUCGGUAAUGCUUCCUCAUCCGAGCACUCUUUCAAUGAGACGUACAUGAAGGAUCAAAACCACUCGCAUGUCCGAUUCGAUGCUGUUGUUCGUGUCAACUUGGGAGAUGCAUCCCCAGUGCAGUCAGCAUAUAAGCUCGUGGACUAUGGGAACUUUGACAACGCUAUGCUAGCCAUGCUGGAUGAUGUCUUACACCGUGGUCUGGGAGAUCGCGUCAAGGUCGUCGCCAUGAUGCACCCGCCCUCAACUAGUCGGCCGCUGACGGAAGCACAAGCCCAUCGGUUGUCACAUGUCUACGUUGGCCUCAUCUUCCACUCGGAGAACGCAUUCAGACUCGUCGAUCACGGCCCGUCCGUGGAAGAACAAGAAACGGAGGCGGCUCGCGAGUUCCGUCGGCUGUGGGGGGACAAGGCCGAGCUACGACGGUUCAAGGACGGCAGGAUCAUGGAGAGCGUUGUCUGGAACGUGAAGACCUCCGACGAACGGUCGCAUAUCCCGGCUAUGAUCACGGGGCACCUCGUGCAGCGGCAUCUGAAACUGCAAGCCGGGGAUGUGCGCUCGGUGCAUGCGGACUACGAUGCGUUGUUGCGUGUCCCGCAGUCCGUGCUGGAGCUGCAUGGGCCAAAUGCGGCGCAGGCUGGGUUCAAGGGUGCGCAAGGCGCAUUCGACGAGCUGGUCAAGAACAUGAAGAGCAUGGACGAGGAACUGCCGCUCGCGCUGCUCGGCGUUAGUCCGAUCUCGGAGCACCUCCGGCAUACGAGCGCGUUCAGCCCACUUCCUCUGCCCUCUGCGGCGUCGUUGGCACUGCCGGAGCCCGUGCGGUAUUUCCCAGCGAUGGAGAUCGUUCUCGAGUUUGAGAAAUCGGCAAAGUGGCCGGACGACUUGCGUGCGAUCCAGAAGAUCAAGCUCGCUUUCUUUGAGGCGCUCGCGGGGGCACUGAUGCAGAAAGUGCCAGGCACGACUGUGCGAGUGGUUGUUGGCGAGCCGGGGAAGGCGUCGGGUAUGGGUCUACAGGACGAGGCUGCGCUGGAGAUCGUGACGCCAGAGGGGUGGGCGUUCCUUGCGCGGAUAUGGCACGACCGCGAGGCGACGCUUUUGGACCGUAUCAUCGAGGCGGGCAAUGUUCCCAAAGCGCUCGCGGCUGUUCAGCAGGUAGAAACCAGGCCGAAGGAGGUGCAGGCGGCGAAGGAGGCAAAAAAUGUGUAUGUCCGGCGCUUCGUCCACGCGCCGCGCCACCAUCGGGCCGUUGCGAACUUGUGUCACCGGUUUACCGCUUAUGCGGGGACAGUCAGACUGGUCAAGCGGUGGUUGGCAUCUCACUGGCUUCUGGGGUCGCAUGUCACGCCUGAAGCAGCGGAGCUGCUUUGCGCGAAGUUCUUCGUGGAGACGAGCUCCCAGGCGGGUAUUGCAGACAAUGUCGUCGUGCCGCAGAGCAAGGAGCGAGGGUUCGCCACUGUCCUUCAGUUCUUGAUGGAGUGGAAUUGGGAGGAGCCGCUCUUCGUCCCGUUAUAUGAGACUACCAAGGCAUCGGCAUCAACUUCUGGGCCGCGGGUGGUCGCGUUGGGCUCUAAACAUGGUGUCUGGACGAUUGCCACGGAUGCGGAUCCUUCGGGGCAUAUGUGGACUGCCAACGGUCCGGAUUUAGUUGCUGCUAGUAGAGUGCGGGCACUUGCAAAGGCGGCGUGGACAACUUGGACGCAGAACGAUGGGGCUGAAAUCAAUGUCAAGGGUCUUUUCGAACACCCGACUGAGGAUUACCAUCUCGUUCUGCACAUGAACCCCGCUGUCCUGCCUCGCUAUUACCAGAACAUCGAAGCCAAUCCCGCAGUAUGGUCAAGAAAGGGCGGUAUCGCGGACGAGGAGUCUGUGACUGGGCCAGGGUUUGAUCCUGCUUGGAUGUUCUUCAACGACAUACAGCGGACGUUUGCGGAUACAUUGAAGUUCUUCUAUGACCCGCUUGGGGGCGAUCGGAUAGGUGCUAUCUGGUUGCCAGGCCUGAGCGAACCGCGGCCGUUCCGAGCGCUGGGUGGGUUCUCCAGUGCGCCGGCAGAGCCUUCCCAGGAGAAAAAGAGUAAAGACCUCGUCAUUCUUAACCAGCAAGCCAUCAAGGAUGAGCUGGAGAGGAUGGGAUCGGGCCUCUUGCUCAAGAUCACCUCACGGCAGAGAGGAUAG